AUGCGUAGACGUGUUGGCGGCUUUUCUCAAAUAUAUAGGCUUCAAGAGGCCGAAAGACAAUACAACAAAGUUGGGAAUACUUUUGCAGAACGAAAUAUGGAACAGAUGAAGGCACAACUGCAAGUUUUCAAAUCAAAUCUAGUAGAAUUUUCUCGUAAAUAUCGUAAAGACAUUAGUAAGGAUCCCGUGCUCAGGCAACGUUUUCAGAUAAUAUUAUUAAUGUCAAAAGAAUUGAAAACAGCAAAUAAAGGCUUUUGGGCCGAAUUUUUAGGAGUUGGAGAUUUCUAUUAUGAGCUUGGUAUUCAGAUCAUUGACGUGUGUUUAUCUACGAGAGGCAGAAACGGUGGGUUGGUUGAAUUGGGAGAAUUAAAAUGCCAAUUGAUUAAAAUGCGUAGUGAAGGUUCUGCUCAAGAAAUUAGUGAGGAUGAUAUCACACGAUCCAUAAAAAUACUCAAGCCAUUAGGUAACGGAUUUGAAAUCAUACAAAUUGGUGAUCAUAAAAUGGUUAGAUCUGUCCCUCGUGAGCUGAAUAAAGACCAAACAGACAUAUUAACAUUGGCUCAGAAACGAGGUUACGUUACCAAAGAUUUGAUAACUGCUGAACUUGGCUGGGAAAAUGAACGUAUCAAAGAUGCAAUUGACACUUUACUUAUUGAUGGGCUUUGCUGGGUUGACGAACAAGCAAAUCCACCCGAAUAUUGGGUGCCUAGUUUCUUCAAAGGAGUAGAUGAUUGA